UUGCGCGUCGCGUAUAAGUGUCGUAUAUUCGGCAAGUAAUCGAUUGUUUCUGCGUUAAAAUGGUAUUGUUAUGCCUUUCGUAGUAUUUCUAAAAAAAUGUUGGUGGCAAGAGAAUUGAAAUGGUUCAGUGUGUUAAGUCUACUUUCAAAAUUUCGCUGUCAUUGUUUGUUUCAAUGUGACUUUUUGCAUUUAAUGCCGUGCGACACAACAAGAAAAAGAACAGCGAAAUGUAUGUUAUGCGUACCAAUAAAACGAUUUAUACUUUAGCCUAUUAAGAGUAUCAGACUCGUUCGUGAUGACGUAAAUUAUAAUCUAGAAUAUAAUACGAUGAAUAAGUCUAGAGUAGGGUCAGAGUAUAUUCCGCUAGUGGAAGGCGACAUGUUGAAAGCCAGAUUCGUUUUGGAUUUUGCUAAACUAGCAUGGUUCACCGUAUCUCUGCCCUUUUUCGCAUUUAUAUUUUGUAUUAUAUGGUCCAUCGUAUACGAUUUUGAACAUUCUACUUCUACUCAUUGUAAGGUAUUUACUUUUCUGGUUUAUAACUUUUUACCAUCCGUCUCUGCUGCUAUUGGACAUUACAGGCCGCAAAGAGAUGUUUGGAAAAUUGCAAUAGCUAUUCAAGCAGUGAUACGAAUUUUAGUAUUAAUAAUGUAUCGUCGUUAUUAUAAAGAACAUAUUUACAAAUGGGCACAAAAUAUUUGUAAGAUCGCUGUGGGUGUAUAUGUUGUUGAGAACAUAUCUCUUGUAACGUUAAGUUUUUGGACGUCUGAUGAAAGUUACAGCUUCCAUAAAUUCUCGUUUAUAACAUUUUUAAUAACAUCUUUUAUUCACAUGCAGAUGGGAUAUUUUAUCAUGAGAAAUUGUCGUAACAUUACUAAGGAAUCCUCUGAAACUACUUCCUUAAAAUGGAAGCGAAGAUCCAUGAUGUUAAAUGUAUUCUCAAUAAUAAUUGCCUGUUAUUUUUUUUACAGGCACAAUAAAUAUUGCGAGCCAUUAGGAGUAAAAUGAACACCUAAAAAUGGAAAUCUGGGAUCUGGAACAGGAUAUAUAUUGGUGGUGCAUAAAUGCCUUUUGUUCUCAGUUAAUAACAAGUAUUCGCCUCGAAAUGGAACAAUUCGUGGACUAAGAUCGCAUCCUGUCAUUACUGCGAGACGAUCCGAAUGCAAACCACCACACGUUAACACAUAUUUUGUCGGCAUACACUACGAUAUGAUAAUACGAUAAAGAAAAAUUGAAAAUGAAAAAUUUAUGGACUUUGUUCGUAAUAUCUGUACACACUCUAUUUUUCGAUUGUACUAAAAUCGGAGAUAAGUCUGCCUUAUCUUUAGAUUCUGCCAUCUCCGAAAAACCAGUAACUUCAUAAUUUAAAUAUAUUUUUCCACCCAUUUUUUG